AUGGCGCACAAUGACACGAUAGACAUCAUCUCGUCGUCGCCCGAGUUCCCAGACAUCAGCGUCCUAGUCGCAAAGGCAGCAUCCAAGAAACCAGCGCUGCGACCCGGUAGCAAUGCCACACCCAUUCCCCGCGAUGCAGUUGGGCUUGGAACCUUCACAAGCGCUGCUAGCAUUUGGCACUUGUCGCAGGUCAUGGAGGAAGAAAAGCCCUCAAAAAACUCGUCAUCUCGGCCAACAAAAGAGACUCCGACGAUAGCAACAUCAGUGUCGACAGUAGCGGUUGAAGUGUCACCAACAACAAGGACGGCCAUGUCUGAGGAGAAGCCAGGAAAGAAACCCAGGAAACCGAGGAAAAAGAAGGACGAGACAACAGCCGCCGUCGACGAAAAUGCACCACCUAAACCACCAGCAAGAAGGGGGAGGCCGCCCAAGCAAAAGGACGUCGAUGGACAGCCUGCCUUACCCAAGUCCAAGGCCACGAAACCAGCGGCAAAACCACGGGCUUCGAGGAAGAAAGCUGAGACGGUGAGCAAGCAUUUUGCCGCUUCUGCUCAUGCUUCUACGGCCGAUCCUCCUGUCCCAGAGGAACCCUCGAAAGAUCCCGCUGCGUCGAAGCCUCCGAGACCCAUACCCGUGCAAAGCAUAGACGAGCCAGUCGACCUAGAACCGGCAGCAAGAAGAAGACUAGAUUGGACGCCACCGCCAGAUGACAGACCACCACCAGCUGCGGGCAACUCGUCUGUGGUCAAGGAGUUACCGUCUUCUACGACUGCCCAUACCGAACCACCAGUGGCGUUUGGAAAGCUCUUGGAUACAUACGGCUGUGAACCAGAGACUAUUCAGCCGAGUGAAGGCACUAAAGGUAAUGUACUUGGGAAGAGAAAACUGAUCGAGAUGGUCGCUACGACUACGACUACGAACACUGCCACAGACAAACCCACAAGUCCAGAGACGUCCCCGACCAAGCCCAAAGCCCCCAAGAAGAAGCCACGCACAAUCACCGACCUCGCAACGGCCGCCUAUAGAAUACAAGACCCAGUUGACGAUUCCAUAUCGACUGUGGCACCCAAACAAGACACUCUCCUGGGCUACAUUAACGUGGAGAACGAGGAUGCUGCUAUCAAACCAGGUGGCGCCAAGACAAAGGCCGUUUCCAAGAAGCCAGGAAAGGCCCGGGUCUCCAAGAAGAAGCCCGAGCCUCGAAAACAGCUGUUGCUAUCUCCCCAUAGCGCACUCAGGCAGGUCUCUGGUCAGAAUUUUGUCUUUGGCACUUCCAGCCAGCUUGUGACGGAAGACACCGACCUCCUUCGUGCUUUGCACGAGUCGAUGAAGACGGCGGGCAACGCGCAGGAUAGCGAUCCUUUCAUGUCCAGCCCGGUCAAGUUCAGCAAUAUUGCUAGCAGGCGCAAGACGGGGAACAACAAGCUUUGGAAGGUUGGGGCUAGGGACGAGGACGGCGAUCUGCUGGACUUGGAGAUCUUUGAUCUGACUGAAGCCGUGGAGGUACCGGAAGAUGUGGUACAGCAAGCUGACAAACCGGCUGUUGAUGUGCCUGAACGGGAGGCAAGUCCUCGAAAACAAGUCGAGCGUGAGGCGGAAAGAGCAAUCGAAAUAUUUUCAUCCGAUCCCGUUGCCACCGAACGACUCACGAUUACAGGACCCGAAACCCUGAUCAGUACACUUUCAAUAAAGGGAAAAGAGUCAGUUCGCCGUACUACGAAGCCUCCACCGCCAAAUCCUGUUGCCCCGCCACGAGAAAGGACACCUCAACGAGCACGUUCGCCAUCCCGAGAUAGUCUUUCUUCUCGACUACGGAGUCCUCAAACGGAAACACCUCCGAGACCGACCACACCUCCACGAGUAAGCGCUGUGCUCGACCUCGAUUACGACUUCGACGACUACGAACCGCCACCAAGUAAUCAAGAACAUUACCAGCUCCUUGAGCAGUCCCAGAAGACCAGUCCUUCCAAGACGCAGCAGCGGAAACAGCAGCAAACCCAGCAGCAGCAGCAGCAGCAGCAGCAGCAGCAGCAGAAAAAAAGGGACCCUUCGCCCCGCCCAAAGUACGAGGUCUUUACUGACGCCCAACUAAGCCGGGAGAUCGCCUCCUACGGAUUUAAGCCGAUCAAGAAGCGCGCAGCCAUGAUUCGUCUUCUCGAACAGUGCUGGGAAAGUAAGACGGGGGCAGCUACAGGCAAAAGCACAGGGCUAGGUGACAAUACGUUGCAGGAAGGGACAGGGAGUUUGGAGCCCGCUCACCGAUCCAACAAUUCUGUUGCGGUAUCUCCCGACCGAGGGAGAGGCCAAACAGUCCAAGGCGCACAUAUGCAAGAAGCAAGAGCAGGAAUAAAAAUGGCUGCGUCCACUACGAAAAGACCAAGGAAGAAAGCCGUAGCUACGUCUGCGUCUGCUCCGCGCACCUCCACCACGGAAAACCCACCAAAAGCAGCACCCACAUCAACAACAACUGCACCAUUACCUGUUCUCUCCGCAUCAACCCCCAAGCCCCAACGCCGCACCUCGUUAUCUCCGAUUCGCCCCCGCUCACCCAUCCUCGAGAUCCCCGACUCUGAUAUCGACAUCUCCGAUUCCGAUCCAUUCGCCUGCUCCCCGCCCGUCUCCUCACCCGAUGCCUCCUCCUCUACAUCCCACCUCUUCUCCACCCCCGAAAAGCACCACCAAGAUCACAAACACGAUCCGGCAGCAGAAAUGUCCCUCAUAACAGAGUGCGAGGAGUCCCUCCUGGACAUGACCUCCCGCACGCCCUCGGAAGCUGAUCUCUUCAAACACAUAACCGAAGCCAUCACCACCGCUCCCCGCACUACCAACCCUUCCGAGCCCUCUUGGCAUGAGAAGAUCCUCAUGUACGACCCUAUCAUUCUGGAAGAGCUGACAGCGUGGUUGAAUACGGCCGGAAAGGGACUGGAUAGAGUUGGGUGGGAAGGAUGCGAGGCAGGCACGGAGGAGGUGAGAAGGUGGUGCGAAAGUAAGGGCGUGGGGUGGGUAUGGAGAGAGGGGAAUAGGGGGCAGGUGAGGAAGAGAUUUUGA